GUGCGUCUCGUUUCAUGAAAAACGCCGGCAUGGCUUCUCUUUAUCUCUCAGGCUUCUCUCUGGGCGGUACUGUUUAAAGAUGAUGUGGUUUUUGAUGAUUUGUAUACGAUUUGUCUCUCGAAAACUUUUAUCGUGUUAUUUUGUACGAUUUGUAUGCAGCAUUGUCUAAGAAAAAAGUUAGCGGGUAUUGAUUUUUCGUAUAUUCGUAAACAUAGUCAGCAAAUCUGGAUGAAACCAGGGAGAAGAUGAUCGCCGCCUCAGAACCGGUGGAAUAUACGCCAGGUGGCCGACAGAUAAUCUUAAACCAUCCUGGAUCGUUAAUUAGUCAACAGUUAUCCAAUAAUCAAACAACUGGUGGAGAAAAUAUUUUACUAAAAAGGUUUAGUGAAGUAAAUAUAUCGGAAAAGUCUCCUAAAGAGGCAUGGUUGGUACGCAGUAAUCAAACAUAUGGAGAAGAAGAAUUAUAUUACUCGGGUAAAGUUGCUGUUCACUGCAAGGGCAAUCAAAAUACUCGAAUACUCGAAGCAACCUAUACCUGUGAAACAGAUAUUAAACAUGCCCUUUGGUGUAUAUUUCACACGAGUAUUCCGGAUCAUUUAACUAAGGGUAAAGAAUAUGAGGCUGAGGGCUCUAUUCACAAAUCUUUAGAGUGUAUCUGCCUGCUUGAUUCAUAUACUCUUAAGGUUUUUACAGAAUGUGGCGAAGAUUAUGUUUCUACUUUACAAUUUCAGGUUUCUGCGGUAUGGCCGACAAAAUAUGGAAUUAUACUUGAAAAAUGUCAAGUGCCAAUUACAGAUUCAAGGUAUAUAUCAUUUGAAAACAGCAGAUUACCAACUCAAAAUGAUAAUUUACCUAUAGCUUUUUCAUUAAUGCAUCCAUUAGAUGAGAUUUGCCCUCUGCUUAUUAAACAUGGAUCUUUGUCGUACAUGAAUGAAUCAACUCAGCAAAUUAUAUUUACUAGUUCAGAACCAUCGUUGGCAGUCAUAUAUGAUACAAAGUCUAACUUACAUUCAGUUUACAAAAUUCGCAAAGCGUUAGCUGAAGAAUGCCAAAUAGUUUGUGGCAGUAAUGACACGAGUUUACUAAAUCAUUCAAUUAAUAUGUCAUCGUUAAAUAUUGGCAGCAAUUUAUCCAUCAAUAAAACCUACGCCAACAAAGGACAUCAAAGUCCCUUUCUUCUUGGAAUUCCAAAUUUACAAAUGAGUAACAAUACUGGUAUAGGUCUAGGACUAUCUAAUACUCCAUUUGGAUCGCGUACUGCCUCUUAUAGUACUGCUUCUGGUGGACCAUCACCUUCUCAGCAACAACAGCACUCGCGUUCACAAAGCUCUAUGGCUACCAUUUCUCGUUGUCAAUCGCCCACGCAUUCAGCAGCUUUGUCUCCUCUGCUUGGAGUACCUGCAAAUUCAAAUAUCUAUCAUAGCAGGUUACAUCAGACUGUUAUGAUAACUACCUCGAGUCAAAUACAUAGUCCAAUGGCUAGUUACAACAAUAUCCGAUUAAAAGAUGCUGCAAUUGCAAGCAAACCUUUAUAUCCUGAAGUUUGUCUUGAACAUGUAUGGACAGAAAACAUUGGUGUAUCAAAAGAUAUUAUUUAUGGUCGUGCAUCAAAGGUUUUCUUAACAUUGGACCUUGUUGGACAGAGUUAUUUGGGCUAUUUGGUUCCAAAUCGUUUGCAACUAUUUCUAGUGAGAUUAGAAAAAACUAAUAAACAACAACAAAUCAUUUUUGGAAUGGUAACAAGCAUUGCGGCCAAGGAUGCUGUUAAUUUGCCAAAUUUGCACAUGAUAGCAAUUGUAGAUUUGUCAAAUGGUAUAGCAUUAUAUACAGGAGUUACGUGUGUGGGCAAAUUACAUAUAUCUGGUAUACUGUCGAAUCUUACGGGCAGUAAUUACUUUUUAUCAAAUAGUAAUUCUAAGCUUGCAUCUCCAUUUCCAAGACGAAGUUCCUUGAUUUGUCAAAAUAGUGCACCUUUGCAUGAAAUUAAAUUUGAAGAGAGCUUACAUUUACUAAGUCCUGUAGGUGGUAAUUGCGCUCGUCCGCCAAUACUCUUGGAAAAUUCCUUACUGGAUACAAAUUUUCUUGCGUUGAAAGACGCUGUAGGCAAUGAGAUUACCGUGGAAUGCGGAAAAAAACAAUAUUUUCGUAUAACAUUACCUGUGUCUAGCACAUCUCCUUUAGUUACUAAAUGUUUACAUACAUUACGAAGUGUGCUUCAAAGAGAUUUAGCAAUGCAAUUAUUGGUUAAAUGGUACGGUGCUAGAAAUGCCCCUGGUCCGCAAGAUUUUUCACCAGUGCAAGAAUGGGAUCUCUUUCUUGUGGUUCUGUUCACAUUAAUGGGAUAUGAUGUGGAGAAAUUACAUUUAAUACAAAACAACGAGAAAGAUCAAUUUACAGAACGUAAUAGUCCUACAGUGCUGCCUAAAAAACAGAAAACCAACAAUUGUGGAUCUACAGAUGAUUGGCUGUACAUAUUGGAAUCAAAUGAAUUAAAAAAUUCCCGAACGUUUAUCUCGAAUGUACUAAAAAGUCAAAAGAUAUCUAGCGUCCUUUGCACGAUUCCCAAAAGUGCUACAGAAUCAAAUAGCAUUGGCAAAAUAAAUGUACAAGCCGUUCUAUAUCCACAUCUUCCGCUCGUUUUAUUUUCUCUUCACCUCUUAUACGAGGAAUUGAAAUUAAACAGCGUUAUAUCGGAAAGUUUACCAUUACUCGGACAGUUACUGUAUCAAUUGAGCAUAGAUUUGAAGUUCGAGAUGUACGCUCAUCAUUAUUUUCUUGACUCCCCAUCGUUAUGUUAUUUAAAAAGCGUAAAAUCUCAGAUCAGUGACUCGGAUUUACAGAAAAUAACAAUUCCAAAUUAUAUCUCUCGAAAACCGCCGAACAUAUUUGAAACAUUAAAUAAUAUGUUGAAUGGAAUAGAAACAACUGCAUUCCCAUAUUUAAGUCACGUUAAUCCAAAAACAAGAAAUAUAAUAUAUUUAACAGUACUUGUGGCAAAUGAAAACCAUGUUGAUGUAAUAGAAGUGGAAAAGUAUAUCAAAUUAAUUAUACCUGCUGGAAGUCGCAUCGAUCUUCAAAAAAGUGGAGGCAAGUCUGAUAAAAAGAUAUUGAAAAAACUGGAGAGACCUGCAACAGAUAGAAUAAUAUUAUUGUAUCAUGAGAUGGGUAUGACAAAAGAAGAUCUCGAGAUAUUGCCACCUGCGAUAUCCCUGAUAAUAAAAGAUGUCAUGCAUAGAUGUAGAGAAUGCCCACCACCAAAUUGGCCUAUGCAUGCAUACGAGCUCGUAGAUCGUCAAGAUUUAGCCGCAUUAGAUAAACAUUUAAAACCAUCGUCAAAAUUACAAUAUAUCGACGGCGAAACAAAGGAUUAUGGAAUAAAGGAUGAACAAGAUGAUGGCAUGGAAUUUGAUGAUAUGAUAUUAAAGUUACGAUUUAGUAAGGAUCAUAGAGUCGCUGAAGUGCGAAGACUGCUCAAUUCUUCGAAACCAGUAAGGAUCGCGAUAAUCCAAAGAUCGAACGUAAGCGAUCACGAAUUUAUAGAAGAGCAAGAAAGACAUUUGCACACAUUAUGCACAAGAACAAUGGCAUUACCGGUAGCUAGAGGCAUGUUUACAUUGAGAACUUCCACACCGAUGAUAACAGAGCAAUUACCCAUUCCACGAUUGUGUUUAACAGGCAAGGCACCUCCUCGUGGAACUACCGUCGAGUUAACUCACAUAGAUGUUGCGCCAAAUAUGAAUCUGUGGCCGCUAUUUCAUAACGGCGUAGCCGCAGGCCUAUGUAUUCAUCCGGAUGCCGCGAACAUUGAUUCGACAUGGAUAGUAUACAAUAAACAGCAACAGGGUGAAUAUGGAGUGGAACACUCGGGAUUUUUAAUGGCUCUCGGUUUAAAUGGACAUCUGAAAAAUUUAGCUCCUUUAAGUACAUACGAAUAUUUAGCUGAUUGUCAUGAAGCUACUAGCGUUGGGCUCUUGCUGGGCUUGUCAGCGACACAUCGCGGCACAAUGAACGUAUCUAUGACUAAGCUAUUAUCGUUACACGUGGAAACGCUUCUGCCACCGACGAGUAUCGAAUUAAAUGUACAACAAAAUGUCCAAAUAGCGGCAUUGAUGGGCGUUGGUCUUGUAUACCAAGGAACUGCUCAUAGACAUAUUUCACAUGCUUUAUUAUCUGAAAUCGGUAGACCUCCAGGACCUGAAAUGAAAAAUUGUGUGGACCGUGAAUCAUAUUCCUUGGCAGCAGGACUGGCAUUAGGCUUGGUAAUACUUGGUUCUGGUGGUGGAGCAGAUGUACCUGCAAGCAUACCCGAUACUUUGCACUAUUACAUGGUCGGUGGACACACAAGACCUUUCUCUGGAGCACAAAAAGAUAAAUACAAGUCACCGAGUUAUCAAAUACGGGAAGGUGACUCGAUAAAUAUCGAUGUAACAAGCCCGGGAGCAACAAUAGCCUUAGGAUUAAUGUACUUUAAUACUGGAAAUCGUGCGGUAGCCGAGUGGAUGCAACCUCCCGACACGCAGUAUUUAUUAGAAUUUGUAAGGCCAGAUUUUCUGCUGCUACGAGUGCUCGCCAAGUCGCUAAUUUUAUGGGAGGAUAUCGAGCCAACCAAAUCGUGGAUUUCUAGUCAUGUGCCUAAUAUCGUUUAUAAAUACAGAUUGCAAAAACCUACGCCGGAAGUUACACAGAAUGUGGAUUUGGAAACUAUCAACCAGGCUUACUGCAACAUUAUAGCUGGUGCUUGCAUGGCAUUGGGAUUAAGAUAUGCAGGCACUGCUAAUAAAAAUGCUUUCAAGACUUUGUACAAUUACGCUCAAAUGUUUACGGCAUUGUCGCAUAAAACUAUAGCCGAAUUGGCUGGCAAAUCAACUGUUGAAACGUGUCUGAACGUUGUUCUGCUUUCAACAGCAGUGGUAAUGGCGGGUACCGGUGACUUGGAUGUAAGUCUCGAUAUUCAUAACGGGUAUGACAGUUGUGACAGAGAAUUUAUGGACUAUUUAAUAUAUAUUGUAUAUAUAUAGGCAGCUCUUAUAAUUUCGCUUUUUCCGAAAUUUCCAACUCACAGCAAUGACAACAGGGAUCAUUUACAAGCAUUACGUCAUUUGUAUGUAUUAGCCGCUGAACCACGUAUUAUCUUACCAAGAGACAUAGAUACCGGUCAGUAUUGCUACGCGACGAUAAAUUUAACAUUCGAGACUGACAGGGAGGCAGAAGGACAAGAGAUUAGUCUACAAGCACCUUGUUUAUUACCACAAUUAUGUAGCUUAAAAAAAAUUGUAUUGAAAGAUACAAGGUAUUGGACAAUUAUAUUUGAGAAGCAUCACAAUUGGCAACAAUUAGAAAACAUGCUGGAACGACACGAUUUCUUAAGUAUUAAGCAAAGAGCUGGUUGUUUAUCGUACCUGGAAGAUCCUCGUGGAUUUAGAAGCUUAGUGGCCCAAACUCUAACGACGGAAAAUGCAACCGCAUGGGCUGCUCGGCCAGAGUACGUUACAUCGUUUACAAAUGAUAAGACUGUACUGAACAUAAUAACAUAUUUUUUACAAUGGUCUAAAAGAGAAAUCAAUCCUAAUGAAAAUAUUAAGAACGCAUCACAAAAUGAUGUUCAAUGGAAAAUGCCAGAAUUCGAACAAUAUUUUCUUCAUGUAUUUGCAAUAAUAGUGUAUGAAUGCAUUACAAAGGAUAAAAUAAAUCUUAUACCAUUAUGGUUGCGUAUAAUUAAAGAUCUGAAAGUUAUCGAGGAAGAACCAAACAGCUUUUCAGUAUGGCAAAUAAAGCUUCUUUCAUCGCAACUGUCGAAAAGAAUUAAUUCUGAAGAUGAUGCAAAUUUGUUACUCAGUUUGGAAAGUAUGCUUGCGAUUAAACAAAAAACGGCGGUUAUUCUUGAUAAAUGGGAGCAUGACAUGAAAUCUUUAUUUAAACAGUAUCUUACUAAUGGAAUGGUACAGACUGAUACUAUAUCUCUAGCUAGAAUGUGCGCUUAUUUUAUAUUCUAUGGUAUACCAUAUCCAAUCGAUGAUAAAGCAAUCUCGAAUUGGAUUAUGACGACGCAACGCUCCUCUGAUAUAUCGAAUAUCACACUAUACAAAUUGUACAAAAUUUUACAAACAAUUUAUAAGUAAAAUCCGUAUAUUGUGAUAUAUGUACCAUCAAACCUUUUAUAUACUAAAAAAAGAACCUUGUUAUAUACUUUUUUUUUUCCCCCUAAGUCGUGAUGCAUCUUUUACUUAUAAUUUUUGCAAAUAAAAAUGCUACUGUAUGCUAAAAUGUAAGAUUAAAAUAAUAUAUUCUUGAUCUUAUUAUAACAAGAAUAUUUACAUAAUAAUUUUUAAAACUUUAUUUAUUGCAUCAAACAUUUAAUGAAAAUUUGUAAAAUGCAAAAAUAAGGAAAAAAUUUAGAAAAGGAUCUUUAUUUGACAUUUAUUAUAUACUUGAUCUAACUUUUAGGUGUUUUGUAAAACUUGAUUUAAUGUACAACCUCGACAUGAAAAAUUUAUAUCAUUAAUAUUAUAUAUACUCAAGAAAAUGAGAACACUAUCAAUGAGAAUAAAUAUCAUUUAUC